AUGUACUCGAACAUCAACAGUGAAAAUAAUGUACAAUUGCGAUUCAUGAACAUUGAGAAACCGAUGACACGAAGGUUAACUCCCCUUGGCGGUUACGCUCACUUGCCUCUGGUUACUCUUGAAGAAGCUGUGGGUCACCUUGAUUUAGUCGUCCCAAAAAUUCAACACAUGGCUUACAUAGCAAAGGAAUAUGCUGCUAAUCUAAACGAUGAAUUGUCGAUUGAUCAAUCUGCCGCUAUUGUGCUAUAUACUUUAGAAUGGCUUCCACAUGAAACAUCGUUCUUCUUCAUUCUUAAUAAAACAUUGCGUUUGGAAAAUAGAAACGCUCUAACGCCUUGGCUACAUUACCUUAAAUUACUAUUUACCGCACUAUGGCAUCUACCAACAAAAAAAGGUACCGUAUACCGUGGAACGAGAGACUUGCAAACAAUCUUUAGAAAAGGGCAGCGAAUCACUUGGUGGUGUUUUACAUCUUGUACGACCGUAGCAGAUACACUACAAAGUGAUCAAUUAUGUGGCACAAGUGGGAACAGAACAAUAUUUAACAUUGAUUGCUAUUCAGCGAAAGAUAUCAAACACCAUUCAUACUUUAAGUCAGAAAAUGAAGUUCUUUUGUUACCUGGGACAGAAUUCAUUGUCGUUGCAGUAUUGGACUUGGGUCAUGGUCUUACAAAUGUUCAAAUGAAAGAGAUUGAACCUAAAUUUCCUAAUCGUGAACUAAUAUAUGUAUCAAAAGCUAAAGUCAUUGCACCAAAUCCUAGUAUAUCAAUGAGUUCUCGUCAACCAACACCAGCACCGAUAUCCAAUAGAAAGAAUUCCAGUUCAUCACAGAUCAGCAAUCCUGGUGAACAACCCAAAAACGCAUGGUUCAACGACUCAGAUAAGCCUAAACAUGCAACAGCAGUUAUUAUUCUGGUGACAAUUACUUCAUUGAUUGCUUUGGGCAUUUCAUUAAUGGCAAUCAUAGUUGGAGCAAGAGGUCAGUAUGAGUGCAAUAUUCAGUCAUGGAUACCGAAAUGGUUAAUUGGUCUCGGUGUAUCUGGACUUGCUUGCACAAUUGCGCUAAUAAUUAUCGUGAGUUGA